AUAGGUAAUAGAAAAACUUUUUUAGACAACUAUAGAUAAACUAGUUACAUAUUCUUAAAACAUUUAACACACUUGGGUUGUACAUUUGUAGAUGCACUGAUGAGUAUAUGAACGCAGCAUUGAACUUUGUGGAGAUGGCUAAUCAAAACGCAGGAUAUUUAGGAAAGAUUCUAUGCCCUUGCAAACAUUGUCAGAAUUUGAGUCACCAUUCUCUUGAUGAUGUUUAUGAACACUUGGUCAUAAAUGGAAUGGAUCCUACAUACACAACUUGGUUUCAUCAUGGGGAGGAACCAAGUGCUGCACAAAAACCUAAAGAAGUGAAAAUGUCAGAUGCGCAUAACUUAUACAGUGCGACUUGUGCACGAGAUGCAGACCAUCUUGAACCACUUGACGAAGCUCGAGAUGAGGUCUUUGCAAAAGCAUUAGAGGAUGCAGAAACUCCAUUAUACCCUGGUUGUGAAAAAUAUACGAAGUUGUCAGCAAUUGUUACUUUGUACAAGAUCAAAGCUGAAAAUGAAUGGACAGAUGAGAGUUUCACUAUUCUUUUAGGGAAGCUUCAGGAUAUGUUCUCCAUGGAUAAUACAAUGCUAUGUUCUGUUCGUGCAGUUAGAAAGUUCCUUAAAAAUUUUGAAUUGGGUUACGAGAAAAUUCAUGCUUGUGUGAAGGAUUGUUGCUUAUUCAGGAAAGAGAACGCAGAAUUAGAGAACUGUCCAAAAUGUGGUCGUUCAAGAUGGAAGGUAGACGUACACACAAAGCAAAUAAAAAAAGGGGUUCCUGCCAAAGUGUUGAGAUAUUUUCCUAUAAUUCCAAGGUUUCGGAACAUGUAUAGGUCAUUUGAAGUAGCUAAAGAUUUGGCAUGGCACUAUACUCAUAGAAGCAGUGAUGCCAAGAUGAGACACCCGGUAGAUUCACCAACUUGGAAAACAAUCGAUGAUAAGUGGCCAUCUUUCUCAGGAGACCCACGGAAUCUAAGACUUGGUCUUGCUACCGAUGGUUUCAAUCCAUUCCGGAAUUUGAGUUCGACAUAUAGUUGUUGGCUCAUUAUGCUGGUUAUGUACAACUUGCCACCUUGGUUAUGGAUGAAAAAGGAAAAUGUUUUGUUGACACUAUUGAUCCCAGGACCUAAGCAACCGGGUAAUGAUAUUGAUGAAUAUCUAUGACCUCUUAUCGAAGACCUACAGAUUUUGUGGACCAACGGAGCACCUGUUUAUGACAGGUUCACUAACUCUACAUUCAAUCUGAGGGCCAUUUUGAUGUGGACAAUGCAUGAUUUUCCAGCAUAUGGAAAUUUUGCCGGGUGUACAACUAAGGGUAAAUUUGCAUGUCCUAUAUGUGGUGAAAAUACACAUUUUCUAUGGCUGAAAUUUAGUAGGAAAACUGUAUAUUUGUGCCAUAGGUGCUUUCUUCCACCAUCUCACCCCUUUCGGAAGAAAAAAUCAUGGUUUGAUGGAAAGGAAGAAAAGGGGAAAAAACCUAGAAUCAUGACUGGAAAACAAAUUUCGGAAACUCUGAAAGAUAUGAAGAAUGAUUGGGGGAAAGGUGGAGAAGGAAAUAAAAAACGAAAGCGGGACAAUGAAGAUAAACAAAGGUGGAAAAAGAGGUCAAUCUUAUUUGAUUUAUCAUAUUGGGAGGAAUUGCUAGUGCGUAAUAACUUAGAUGUCAUGCAUAUCAUUAAAAAUAUUAUUGAGAGCCUUAUCGGCACGCUGUUGGAUAUUAACGGAAAAUCCAAGGAUAGUUUAAAUGCUCGCAAGGAUAUGCAAGAUUUGGAAAUAAAGCACGACUUGCAUCCAGAAGAUCGAGGGUC